GUGCGCGCGCACAAUGAGCACAACUAGCGUCGCUGCUGUUAAGUCAUUUUUUUUCAUUUCACUUUCACUUCGACACAUACCGCUGCCGGAGUCUACGUUAACGAUCAAAGGGACGCCGUAAAAGAUGGCGAUUAGCGGCAGGCAAAGAAAGCGAUCGUGGAGGAUGGAGGAGUGCGAGCUAGCUGCACGGCUUUGUCGUCUGCUCUGGCUUUAUUAUGUCGGCCAACGGACACAAUAUUGGACACUUUUUAAAACAAACCUCAUUAACGCUCGCACUUUAUCAGCCGUCAGAUGCCGCAGAGCAUCCUUGCAGUCUCGCUGCUGCUGAUGUUGUUGCCGUGAUGUAGUCCUCUUCUUGGAACAGGAACCUGCUGGUCCCCACGUCUACCUGCUGAGCAUGAGCCUGACCACAGAACCGCCUAACGAUGGCCCAAGUGUUCCUGUUCCUGAAGAAAGUGAUGGAAAGGCCAUCGUUCUUGACUUCAACGCCAACACGAGUGCGAGUGGCUGCAAGGCGCCGACUAGUGCAGAGAUCAAAAUGGCAGCCGCGGAGAAGAAGGACAAGAAGGCGGAGGACGUAGCGGAGGAAGAGGAAGAGGAGGAGGAGUACGUGGUGGAAAAGGUCCUGAAUCGGCGGGUGGUGAAAGGGAGAGUUGAGUACCUCCUCAAGUGGAAAGGCUUCUCCAACGAGGACAACACGUGGGAGCCCGAGGACAACCUGGACUGUCCCGACCUCAUCGCCGAGUUCCUGCAGUCCCAGAAGUCUGCGCACGAAGGGAAGAGGAAGGCGGACGGAGACGGCGAGGAGAGCAAGUCGAAGAGGAAGAAAGAUGACACAGAGAAGUUGAGAGGCUUCGCCCGAGGUUUGGACCCGGAGAGAAUCAUCGGCGCCACGGACUCGACAGGAGAGCUCAUGUUCCUAAUGAAAUGGAAAAACUCAGACGAGGCGGACCUGGUGCCAGCGAAGGAGGCCAACGUGAAGUGUCCGCAGGUGGUCAUCUGUUUCUACGAGGAGCGGCUCACCUGGCACUCGUACCCCAGCGAAGACGAGAAAAAAGAUGAGAAAAACUAACGUGAAAAUGUUUGGAUCUUGGUUGUACUUUGGAUUCUGGGGGGGUUAGUCAUGUGACCGCAUUGUGUUAGUGAGGGUGAAAUGUGUAAGUAAGCUCACGUCACUUUGGUCCAACUUUUACUUUCACUGUCGUGCCAUUCUUCUUUUUACCUCCUUUGCUUGCUCGUUGUGAUCUUCGGUGUGUUUUUCAUGUUUUUCGCCGACAUUUUUGGACAAAAUAAACCACUUUUUGUUA